AUGCCAGAAUCAAGGAAGAGAUCGUUAAGCUUAGAAGAAGAAGGGGAAAGAGAUAGUCUUGUGAAGAAACAAGAUAGUAAGCCUACUAGGAAUAGGGAAUUGACCACUGUUUUAGUGAAGAAUCUACCAAAGAGCACGAACCAGAAUAGGUUACGUAAAUUCUUCCAAGAUUGUGGCCCUUUAAAACAUGUGGAUAUAGUAGAUACAUUGGAUAAAUCGAGCAGGGUUGCCAGACUAGAAUUUGAAAACUUUUUGGAUGCAUCCAGUGCAUUAACGAAGACGUUUAAGAAAUUAGGGAAUAAUGAAAUAGAAGUUAGUUGGCUUAAAAAUUGUACUGUCUGGUUAACAAAUUUUCCUCCUACCUUUACAUCGAGAGAACUGAAAAGCUUAUUUACAGAAUAUGAUUGUUUACCAAUCAGUGUGAGGUUACCAUCACUCAGAUUUAAUGCCAAUAGAAGAUUUGCAUACGUAGAUGUUUGCACAUCUAAUGAAGCUACAAACAUGGUCAACAACUUGAACAAUAAAGAGAUAGAUAACUAUAAAUUGGUAGCCAAGAUGUCUGAUCCAUCACAACGAUCGAAAAGGUCAGAUGCUGCUGCCAUAGAGAGAAGAGAACUAAUAAUAAGAAACUUGGAUCCUAGUUCAAUCGACGAGGGAGAGCUCCGAAAUAUGUUCGGAACACUAGGUGAAAUUGAGUCCAUUAAUAUUCCAAAGAAACAGGAAGAAAAUUCUAAUCAAUAUACUAAUGGUGUUGCAUUUAUAACGUUCCUUAACUCUGAUGAUGCACAUUCUGCACUAAAAUUGAAUAAUUCAAAAAUCAACGAUAGGAUAAUAACCGUCAGUUUGGCUGACCAAAAACCAUAUUUGGAGCGUCAAGAGGUGAAAAGAAUUUUAUUGUCUAGAAAUAAAAAUGAAUUAGAGAAGAUAAUAUCAUUGUACCCCAUGAGCGAUCGAGUCUCUAAGUUUGAAUUACGAUCAUUCAUUGAAGAAAAGUGUCAUAUGUAUGAUAAUAUUGAGCAUAUUAAAGAUAUACAUCUGGUACCUGACCAUAAUGGAGCAUUACUGGUACUCUCAAAUAAUAACAUUGCUGCCAAAUACAGCAUGAUUCUAAAUGGACUAUCUUUUCAUAACAAGUCCAUAAGUUGCGGCUCUGUUCAGGAUCUUAAGAAUCAUCAUCAUUCAAAAAAUAAAAACCCUAGACAAGCGAGUAUUGCAUCAAAUGGAGAGCAUUUUUCUAGGAUGAUUUUGAAGGAACCAACAACAAAAGAGAGAGAAAACCCAAAUGAUAAGCCAAAGCUAUCAAAUGAUGAUUUCCGUAAGAUGUUCCUAAAUAAAUAA